GGCUGCCUGACUGCUUCAUAAGCCGCAGACAGUUCGGAUUGCUCGACAAGCUGCUUGCCACCACCUCACUCCGUACUGUCCAGUUUGUAACACUCCUUUUAACGUAAACCGCGCCUGUUCUUUCUCUUCUUCGGUCAAGCCUCCGAAUCCCUGCCUCAGACUACCAAGUAACCGAUAGUUCCUGCACCGCUGUCUGCUUGGAGGGGCGGCUCCUGCCUUGACUACCUAGGUACGUUGCACCUUGGGCCUCGCCACAACCUUUACACUGUGAAGUGUCAAUCAGGAAGGCCCGGGCUCGCUCAUAAAGUCUAACGCUGUUCUCGCUGUUCUCGCUGUUCUCGCUGUUCUCGCUGUUCUCGAGCAUCUUCAUAUUGCAUUCCUCGGCUAGUCACUUGUGGUUAUAUCUAGAAGAGGACAGCGACGCGUCGCAUCAAAGCGUUCCGGGGCCUCCUCGGACUCUGAACCCGGCAUCUUUUCAAGACCUUAUACAAAGCGUAUCAACUGCUGGACCCAUUUAUUCACACAUUAACCAGGAUGUCUUCUCAUGUGGUUGUUGUUUCACCCGACGUUAAGAGGGUCAACGUCAAGGUCAAUCCUGCAACUCACAUGUUCCAUGUUCUUGAGGAGGCAUGCAAGAAGCUGAACCUGCAGGCGGACAAGUGGUCUCUCAAGCACCAGAAGAGGUUGAUCAACCUCAAAGAUACGUUUCGCGUUACUGGCCUGACACCAGGGGCCAAACUUGAGCUUGUAGCAAGAUCCAAGACGACCUCCGUGGUGAAUAUCGCCCUCCAGCUUCCGGAACCUGAAUCCAUGUCGGUGGUCAACGGACGCUUGACGGAGAAGUUCAGAAGUGAUACCACGCUAUGGAAGAUGCUCCGGCAGUUUGAAUCCAAAGGGUCGCAGUCAGGCCAGGUAUUCAACUUCACUGACCGGGGUAUACCUCAGACAAGCAACGGUACCCAGGCUGGAAGUGGACAAUUAUAUUAUGAGAUGCCGUCACUUCGAAUUAUGAGUCGGGAAAUCUCAUCCCUUGCAGAGUUUCAAAAGACUCUUUCACAACUGGGCUUGACCGCUGGGAGCCAUAGGAUCCAGUUGUCCUUCACGCCCACGGAAAAGACACUCAACGACGCAAUGCAGGAGAUCUCUCAAUUCUUCAAAGAGGAGGAAACGGCAGAGGCAAAGGAACAGAGUACGGUGGCGGGUGCGUCGUCAGCCAAGACUGAUUCGCUGCUGGACACACCCAACCCAGAGAGCGUCGAUAGUACCACCCUCCAGGCUCCCUUGGUUGCUGAAACAGGAGCGGGAGUCGCUGGUGGUUCACAAGUGGUGGAAUCAGCUCAAUCCGGAGCAGCGCCCGCAGACGCGAGGGAAUUGCCGAUUGAUGGGCAGCAGCAGAGCGACGCUAUGGAAGUCGAUAGCGGAAACCCACAGCCUCGGGCGAUUGGCGACGAGGCUCGUGAUCCUGGUACGAGCGUUUCAAGCCUCGAGCCUGUCAGCAUCUUUUCUGCGCCGACAAACUCCACGCCAGUCGCUGCCUCGGUCAAUGUCCCUGAUUCUGUCUACACUCCAACGAUAGCACACGCGCAGGCACACCAGCAUAACCUCCAGGCGAACGCCGUCAACAAGCGGCUCAAGUCUGAUGCGGAGCUUGCCGCAGACGCCCAGGCUGCGGAGGCCAAGGCUGCAGCCGUCAAGAAAAUUGACGUGAAAGUGCGAUUCCCGGACGAGACAUCGGCGCAAUGGACCUUUGGGCCCAUGGACACGGGUGCGACUAUUUACAAGGCCGUCCGAGGGGUCAUGGCGAAUGAUGCCGCCCCGUUCAAAUUGGUGCUACCUGGGGUUCCAUCUCCUCUGAAUCUCAUCAAGGAUGAAGACGGAACCAAGCAUAACCUUGUCCGAGGCUACAAAAUGUCAGGGCGCGUUCUUGUGAACCUCGUCUGGGAGGACAAGGUAUCUCAUACUAUCAAGAAAGCACCGUUCUUGAAGGACAGUUUCGCCAGUCAAGCAAGGAAUAUCGAGCUUCCACAGGCUCCCGAGGAGGAAGAAGGCGAGAGUAGCGUCACACCAGCUCCAGUUGCUCCACCCCGGUCGCAAAACAACGACGGCGGCGGCGCUCGCAAGAUGCCGAAGUGGCUCAAGGGCUUGUCCAAGAAAUAGACGUCUAUUUUAGCGAGGAACACAAUUCCUUGUUGCAAGAGCGAAGGCGUUCGGUGUUUCGAGAUUCAAAGCACGAUAGGGUUGGCAUUGGUGUAGCACUGCCUUGAGAUUUGCGCACGUCCGCCGCUGUUCGACAUCUUGGUCCCCUCCAACAGACAGGCACAGGCGUCUGCCAUAGAUUCAGGUCACCGGGGACCGAUGACCUUGGAGACAAGCAAGGAUCUGGCAUACACACCUUUUAUUACCUAGGUACGCUCUACGGUGUUUUCUGCAGACUGUCAACGGCUUGUAAGGAGAAACAGGUGGCGCCUGGUACACCGAAGCUUAUGUCAGUCCUUCCAACGGGCUUUUUAGCGUCAGCAGUAGAUGCGUACUGUAAUUUUAGCGGAAGAGAAAUAGACCUCGAUGAUCACUUGUCAUUGGCAGAAUAGUUACCUUCUUGGUUCCUUGCGCCCUGUUGUACGGGUGGCUAGGCUUGUCUGAUUUACAUGAGAAGCUGAUGGGAGCUGAGAGUUCAACAUAGAGACAUAGAGACACAUCGGAUCAGGAUCCCAGCUCAUCUUUCGCGCCUCUGCGAUUAAGCAGAUCAAGUGGGCAUUGCGGUGCUGAGAUUGUAACACCACCAGAUAGGAAGAUCAUGAAUAUUGGUGCUUCAAAGUGUCAUCAUU